AUGUGCGCUACAGGUAUCUACGUUGCAAACCGCGCGCGGAUAGACAGCAAAGCUGUCAAGGCAGUCGUCGACUACGCGUCCAAGCAGGCAGCGGCAGGAACGGGCAAAUUGCUUCUGGCAGCAAGCGGAGCAGCGAGUCCGGCUUUGCUGCUGAUGGGAGUGAACACGACGGAGACCCAGGCGGCCUUGAACAACUCGGUUCAGUUGCUAUCGAUGGGGAUAGUGCCUGACUCGAUCAGUCUUUCGCCCAAGCUCUUGACAUCUCUCAAGGACUUCGAUGACGACGACAAACGGCUUGAUGCCGCUUAUCAACGACAGCGCCGUCGCAGGUCGAAGCCACUACCGGCGAGGCUCCUGGGAUCGCUUCCAUCCACCAUCAACAAAGCCUCAGAUCUGGCGUACGAGGUGGAACAAGAGGUGAAGUACGAGCGUGCCGGGAGCCGUGCAAACAAGCUCCUCAAGCCGAUCGGCCUUUCACUUCCAGAAGCUAAGCGCAAUGGUCUCCUACUCGGACGUACACCUAGCGGUUCGGCGGGAAAACGUUUGGAAGCAUCUGACGCGUCUUUGGCUGCAAAUUCAUCGCCUUCGAGGAUCCUUGGGUCAAGACGCCUAGAAACAACGCCCGCCGUUGUUGAACCGCUGGUGCAAGAGGUUUCUGCGCGACGGGAGGCGAUGACGCCUGCGCCGGACCCUGUCGGCGUGUUUGAUCGGUUUGAACGGAAAGGAGUCGACGCCCAGGGGGGGGGGAUUUCAUCAACAGAGCGUGCCCUGGCUGAGAUGCUGGCCUCGCAGCCCGAUGUAUUUACCAAGCAGCUGUCGAAGUGCGUAGAUUCCAUCGGUAACGAGGUGCAAUUGCAAGAGCGAGGCGUGCGGGCAGCAAACGCGGUACUGUGCGCUACUGAACCGGUUAUCGCCGGACUUGAGGAGGCUCUGGAAAGGGAAGCGGUCCUUCUCGAGGAACUCAAGAACGUGACACGCAAUGUCCAGCAAAUGUAUGUCCUCGCUGAGAUGAGUGAAGCGGUUGAAGCGGCAGAGACGUACCUCAGGCGACUGGAGGUUUUGUCAGCCAAUGUCGUCGAGCUGGCGGUCUGCUUGGAGGCUUACAUCGGAGGGGAAACUGUCAGGAUUGCGCGGCUGGAGACCAUAAAAUCAAGGGUGCUAGAGACCAGAGGCUUGGGCGGUAUUCAGGACAGCUCGAGGGCAGCACAGGUGGAGCUGUCCUCAAGAACGAUAGGUUUGCUGCAGUCAUUCGACGGCGAAGUGGUUGCUGGCCAUGAAGAGGCUAAGGCAGUGGGGGGACGACUGGACGUCGUCUGGCGAGAAUCAGCCGAGCGAGCCCGAGAUGAGGCGGGGCAUGCACAUGAGUAUGCUCUAGUGGCCGCCUGUCGGUUAUGGAAAGCUGCUGCUGUAGAGGGCACCGGGAAACGAGCGAGCACAUCAGACAGCGUUCGUCUGGAGUUGACGAGAAUACAGGAGAUUCAGGAUUCUACUACGUCUACCAUGGGGGUGCCUAGCAAGGUUGGGCGGAAAGAGUUUGCAAGAGCGACUGGAGCAGAGGUUCGGGCAGGGGAGGGCGAUAGAGAGCGAUUGAGAGCAGUGGAAGAUGAGGCAGCCCGCGAUAUGGAAGGCGGCGACCAGCAGGCAAGUGUGGCACCGGUGGAGCGCGGCGUGACAGCAGCGCCAACACCGAGUUUUCCUGGCCGAUCGCAAGCGGACCAUGAUAUCAAGCUCACGCCCCCGAUGACCGCCUCACCGGACAUCACCCCGGUCGCUGGCGAAUCGACGACAGUGCAGACCACAGAAGCUGAUAUGGUAGUUGACCUCGAUCAAUCUGUCAAGAGCGCCGAGGUCGUCGAUGCCGUAGUAGUAGACGAAGCUCCGGUCAGAGGGGGCUCCGCUGCAACAUCACGGGAUGAAAAUAGCUCACGGCGUUCUAGAGACGGGGGAUUGUCCCGAAAAGGAUCCUUGUCGGCAGAACGCACGACCAUGGCUUCCGAGGAAUCCAGCAUUGAGCUUGUGGUGGAUGAAUCAAGCUCGUUUGUGGAUGUCGAGGCUGAAAUGGAAGACGAUGUGUCGGACCCUGCUAGAGUUGGUUUGAAGUUCUUGGACGUCUUCGCCUUGCUCAUAGAGAAAGUUCUAUUUGUGGGUCUUCCAACGCUUGUGUCUGGCGGAUCUCUGGUCUGGCAGCGAGUAGAUAACGCCGUGAACGGAGCUAAAGGACGCAAAGGUUGGAAGCUUCUCGAUAGGCUAAAGAAAGAUUCGGCUAGGUAGGAUGACAAAAGCUGUAAAUAGUACCUAGGAUAAUCCGGUGGUUGUUCUCUGGUUGAUGAAUGUCUUACUUUGGGGCAAAGUGCGAUGUUGAAAUGCUUUGGCCAGUGCCGCAUAGGAUUGGUCAGCGUGUAGAUCGACAAUCUGGCGAAGUGUAGUCUUUGCAAAAAAAAGGUCGAAAGUGUAGUUGAUAUGGAACGCUCGUUCCCUAGCUUGUGCACCAUGAAUGCCUCUUCGUUCCUAGAUCCCCGAUGUGACCAGGUACAGCUGGCGCAUCCAGUUGAGGUGUGUUGAUUGUGCGAUUCAAAACUGGUUUGUGGCCAUGUAGACACUUGGGGGUAUCUUUCGCUAAUAGCCCAGUGGUAGGUCCGGCCUCUUUUGAAGCCUGCUCCCUUUUCUCUUGUGCCCCGCCGCGAGAGAGAGGGUGCCAUACGGAACGGCGAACAACGCUCGCAAAAUCAUAGAGCCUUU